AUGAAAUUAAAGAAAUAAUCAUCUUAGAAAGAGACAUCCAAAAAAGAAUAAAAAAAGAGUAAAAUCAAUUGAUAUAACUUAGUGAGAAGAGGAUUCAAAGCUUGUAAAUAGUGUGGUGCAGAACUUCACAUUCAUUAAAAAAUCUGUAAAAAUUGUUAGCAUGAAAAUACAUUUGUAAAUAAAGUUUCUUAUACAUAAUCUAAAAAUAAUCCUAUUGAUUUUUUUAAAAAGAUUGCUGAAAAUUAAGCUGGAGGUAAUUUUUAGAAUUUUAUGAUCUUAUAUAGAAAAUAUUAUAAAAAAAAUAAAAAAAGUUCCUUAGAUACUAAUGACUCGUAUUAAUGUACAUAAGAAAUCUUUUUUAUAUAACAAUGAAAGUAAUAUAGAUUUAAAUCUAAUAAAAUCUUUUUACAAUAAUUCAAUAAAUCCAGACAAUAUUGAUUUAACCUAAAGAUGUGAAUUUAAAUUAAGCAAUAAUUAAAUUAUUGUUGAUUCUAUAAUUGUUGAAAGUGGCCAAUUCUAUAAAUUAGAAAAGGGUUACUUACUUUAUUUUGGUUGUUCUUUAUUGAAUAUAGUAAUAAAUAAAGGUGUUAUUUUAGCGAGUAUUUAAAAAAAUUUAUAUGAUAACCAAUAGUUUAGUUAGUUGCAUUUAUAUGGCAAGACUUAUGAUGGUUAAGGAAUAUUAGCAAUUAUAUAAAAAUAAAAAAUUCGAUUUAUGGAUCAUUAGGAAGGUGCCAUUACUUAAAUGAAAUUUCAUCCAUAAUACAUAACAACAAUUGGCACUAUUAAUUCAAAUGGUAGUUUUACCAUUCUAUCUUUAAUCAAUACUUAGACUGACAGUUUGUAAAUAUUUUGUAAAAUUGUAAUUCCUAAUUAAAUUUUGAAUUGUUUCGAUUGGUGUCCCAGUAAUGAAUCUAAAAUAUCUGUUGGAGAUUAAGAGGGCAAUAUAUACAUAAUAGAAAUUAAAGGUGAGAAUUUUUAAAUAGUCAAUUUCCUUGAAUCAUAUCAUAGGGGAAUAAUUAAAGAUCUUUAGUUUUAUAUUCAUAAUGAUAAUAAUUAAUCAUUAUUAUUGAGUGGUGGGUAUGAUGGUAAUCUUAAAAUAAUCAAUCCCAUUAACUCUUAAGAAAUAUUCAAUAAACAUAUUACUUCAAAGGGUAUUUCAUAAGUGAAAUGGGAUAGAGGUGGUAAAUUUAUAUUAUGUAUCAAUGAUGAUCCAAAUUAAAAGGCUUUAAUGUUUUGUUUCUUUUCUACAAUUAAAAAAGAUUCAAAUCAAAUUUUAUAGAAUGUAGAAAAAAGACUACUAUAACCAUUAACUGGAGAUGAUGAAACUUAGGUAAAUUUAAUUUUUAUGUAGAGUUGUGCUUUUAAUCCUUUCCAUCAUAAAAUAUAUUUUGCUUCAUAGAAUGGUACAAUUUAUGCAGCUGAUAUCGAACAAAUUAGAAAGUAAGCCAUAAAAAAGGAAAAGAAAUAAACUUAUUAAUCUUAAGUGGUUCAUUUUGGUUAAGUUCUAUUAGAAAAUAACACAAUUUAAUACAUUUCAUCAAAAAAUUCAAUAAAUUACAAGAAAAACAUUUAAGUAUAUUUUAGAUAUAAAAUAGUAAUAUGAUUGGAGUUAAGGUUAUCAUUUUAUAGAUGUAGAUGAAUCAGGAAAUUUAAUUUUAGGAAAUCUCCUUGGAAUUUUGAUUAUGUUAUGA